AUGAACCUCCUCACUGGCUCUACCGCCAGAGUAAUUAUCAAUCGACUUUUAACUAACCCAGUUCCCAUUAACAAAAGCGUUAAACAAGGCGAUCCACUUUCACCAACACUCUUUUUUCUAGUUAAUUUAGCCAGAGCCAUACUCAAUUCGAAAGCAAUCUGUCUUCAACUAUAUGAUUUCAACACAAUGGAAUCUUUAACCUUUUUUGCCAUGCCACAUCAUCCAAAAUCAAUCCCACCAAAUGUUGUAUAA